UCUUUCUCUCGCUCGCUCGGUUCCCUUCGUUCCAUGGGAAUGCUCAUCGUUCGUUGCCUCUGCCGCCUCACGUUCCUGGUCCCUUGACGACCCUUUCCUCCCCGUCGUCUUCUCGGAUCCCCCUAGAUCGGGAAUAUCAGAAAACCAACCCUCAGAAAAAAAAAAGGGAAAAAUACCAUACCGACCCAACGACCACCUGAGCCAGAGGGAGAGACAAGAGAUAAGAGACCUGGUGUCUACAAACCGUCCCCUCCCUCUCUCUCCACCACCGCAACAUGACCAAUUAUACAAGUCACGAGAACAUCGACAUGUCCGACGACACCUCCGAUGAUGGGUUGUACCAUCAGUCCGGUCCCUCCUACCGACUCGCCCGAUUUACUCGUCCCCUGAUCGACUACGUGCGGAACGAAUGGCAGACGGGCACCAAAUACUCGCACCUUCCGACCUCCUCCUCCGAACGCCCGGAAUCGCCUCGCUGGAUCCAGAUGGUCACGUCCAUCGUGACGGCGCCGCGAUUCCGUCGAUAUGUCGUCGUCUACCUGACCCUGCUCGUCUCGUGUUUCGUCGGCUGGCAUUUUGUCCUGUCGCCGCGCCUGCAGGAACAUUCGGCGCUUCUGCGAUCGCUCGACCCGCAGGUCAAGGACGAGGUCGGAGGCUGGUUCGGAUCGAACGCCCUGCCGACCUUCGAUAAUAUCGUGCAGCUGAGAGAUUUGGAUCCGUCCUAUCUGCCCGCGGAGAAGGCCGCUGAACCGAACCAACUCAAUCAACGGCGGCUGAUCAUGAUCGGCGACGUGCAUGGGUGCAAGGAAGAGUUGGAAACCCUCCUCGAGCAAAUUGAAUUUGACGAAGACUCCGACCACCUCGUUUUCACCGGUAACUUGAUCGACAAGGGCCCCGACAGUUUGGGUGUUGUCGAUCUCGUCCGCAAAUACUCCGCCUCGUGUGUCCGCGGCAACCACGAGGAUCGCAUCCUGGUUCUUCGGCACGACCUGAUCGCGGCCAAAAUCCUCGAGGAUCUUUCGCAGGACGAUGAAGACGACUUCGGACAGGACCCGAGCGGCCGGAAAUUGGCCCGGGAAAUGAGCGAUGAGCAGGCGAAAUGGCUGGACACCUGCCCGGUGAUCCUGAACAUCGGCCAGAUCAAGGGUCUGGGACAAACGGUUGUGGUCCACGGCGGUCUCGUGCCGGGUGUCGAUCUCGAGAAGCAGGACCCGUUCAGUGCCAUGAACAUGAUCACCAUUGACCUGGAGCGUCACGUCCCUAGCUCGUCGCAGGUCGGCACGCACUGGACAAAGUUAUACAACAAACAACAGUCACUCCUUUACUCCAGCGUGGAGAAGACCGUCGAGGACCCGAAAUCCAUGCUGACCACUGUCAUCUAUGGACACGAUUCGUACAGCUCCCUUUCCUUGAAAACGUACACCAAAGGCCUCGACACCGGGUGCGUCGAGGGCGGCAAAUUGACGGCCCUGGUCAUUUCCGACGGCGGAGAGCAGAAGGUCGUCCAAGUGGGGUGUAAUGAUUAUAGUAAGAACUGGACAUAAAUGCCGGCUGUUUAGAGGGUCUCUUUCUUUUCUGAUCUGACUUUUUCGUUCUUUGGGUUCUCGGAUCUCCACUGGUUUGGAGUAUAUUGGUGAUUUCCCUGUAUAAGCAUGUCUCGUCUAUGCUUGGUGUCAUGGCGUUUCGGUGACUCUGGGUUGCAUUCACGAGGUUGACUUCAGUCUGCGCCGACAUAUAUGUACCUCUAUAUAUCAGAAUAUCUAACACAACAGAGAAUACCCUCUUCUAGGUGCUGUUGCCUUAAGAGUACUCAGG